AUGAUGGAGGGGAGGGACUGCCCCCAGCCACAAGAUGCACACAUCACACCCUCUGCUCAGCCACGCCUACGUCACCUCCCCUCUCAACGGGCUCUUGGCUCUUGGCAUACAACACCACCACCACUAUUGAAGUGCAACCGUGCAAGCGAGAUCCAGCCAGCCAAGUUCGAGGACCCUGUGCCACUGGAGCAUACAAGAAAGGUUGGGAAAACAGGCCAAGGAGGCGUUUGCUGGUUCGUUGUUACCUGGUUCAACCAGAACCCCGGUUGGACUCUCCGUGUCGACCCCUCGUCACCGCUGCUGCACCAAGACGUAUAUAACCUACAGUAUCUCAUCCAUCUCUUGGCCGUCCGCCCAGUCUCUCAAUUCCAACUCCAAGCCACUACACAACAACAAGCUUUUCUCUUGACCUACGCUACCAUAUCACUCACACGAACACACAUACGAAUCUAUCUACAAACACCAAACGCAACCAUGCCCUUCUUCUACUCCAAGCCCAUCGGCGGCCGUAACUUCGGCACCAGCGUCCACGCCGACCGCCAUGGCGUCCGCCGCGGUCCCUGGCGCUUCCGCAUCGGCCGUUUCCACUGCUUCAGAUAGGCGCGAUGCCGUUCUCACGGAGUAAAGGUGUCGCUGCGAUAACGAGAGGCAUAAUUCCACAUCCGCGGCCUCUUUCACCAAUGACGACGACGACAUCGACGAUGACGACAAUCACACACGCACAUACACACACAAACUGUUUACGAUAAACCCCACCACCCUUUUUUUUCUACCUCAAUUUUUUUUCAAACGAGAUCAUGGGAUACCAGGAGUUUUGAUUCACGAUUCGGGCAUGGCAGAGCGAGCGUUGUCCUGUCAGUAUUCUCUGUCCUUAUUGGGUUCACUCAUCGUUGCGACCGGAAGAGUCGGUUCCGAUGCGAUUAGGAGGAAGGGAAUGAGCGAUGAAGCCCCCACCUAGAUAAAAAAACACGUUUAACACGCCCAAUCUCUCAAAGAGCCUCUAAGUGAUUAUCCUAUCGUAUGAUGGUU